AUGAUGUACACAGUACUGCUACUGGACCAGCUACUACUGGUACAAACAAGCCAUUGAUAGGGAGGUCCUCCACUCUCUCCUAUCGCAUUAAUGGAUACACCAGAUGAUAGACCAACAGUAUCUGAACUGAUAGAGUUUCAUGAGUUAUUGAUCAAAGGACAACUGGAGGAGUCUCUACCACUGCUUGAUGCUGAUACUAUAAGAAAGAUUAGAAAUGCUGCUAGUGAUUGUGAAGGAAUUUCACUUCUUAGACAAGCAUUUGAAGAACAUCCAGCACUGUUACAUGAAAUGAGAGUAGUUACUGAAAAAAUAAUAGGUUCAUCACAAAAGACACUAAAGUCUCCUCCCCCAGUAGCACAUAAACCAAAAUCAGUAUCACAAAGUGGACAAUCUCAACCAUUGCCAACAACAAAAGUGCCACAAUCACUUUUGCAAACUGUACAACCUCCACCAGCAGCACUUAAACCAUGUCAGUCAUCUACACAACUGACACCACCAGUACCUAAGCCACGCCAAAAAUCACUACCUAUAUGUACACCAGGUUCACCUCCAGCACAAAGUGCACAGCCACCUCCUGUACCACCAGAACAUCAUAAAAAACCUUUUACAGAGAAACUACCAAUACCAAAACCAAGAAAUAAAACUGGUCUAUUAUUACAAGCACAAGCAUUUGUUACAACACCAGCCCUGCCUUCACCAGAAUACAUUACAAUGAAAAAGAUGUUAGCUGAUCUAGUCGAUUUGUUGGCAGGAAAUCCUCCAGUUAUUUCACAAUUAAAUAAUCAUCUCUUUUCAUCUGAUCUCAUUCCUAAAGCAGUGCAUGUUACUGUGGAAAGUACUGGACUCAGUCCUUAUGAUAGAUCUAAUAAAAUAUUCUCUUCAGUACUAGCAACACUUGAGUGUCAUCCUAAUCCUAACAGUGUUUUCUCUUCUCUCAUUACUUCACUGCAGAAAGUAGGACUAAAGAACAUGGCAUCUAAACUAAGGGGAAAUUUAAGUAAAAUUGAAGUGACUACAGCUGUAGUUAGACCAGUUUCCAGUAGUACUGUCAAUCAAUUACCAACUGCAAACACAACAGUAUCAGCUUCAAAUAGUGAGCUCUUUUUUAAUGCAGCAAAUCAGCCUAUGUUUGAUGAAAUUAGAGGAAGUUUUGGUAUUCUUAUUGCUGAGCUAGUUCCAUUAAUAUCUCAAUCCAUUCCAUCAGCUGCAGAAUUGAAGUCAUUCCUUCAACUGUCCUUCCCAGAAUUGAGUCCUGACCUGUCUAAUGCUGAUAGUAUUGAAGCAAUUAUGAAUGUUGUUGUCAAAAAAUGCCGAGUGAACAAUAUCUCGAUAUUAAAAGUAAUUAUAAAACGGUUUAAAAUCACUGAAGCAAAACCUAUUAUAUCAGAAUAUGAAGAAGAAGUGAAGACAGUUAGUGGAUCAUUGAAGGAUUUCCUCAGUCAGAAUCAACCUGAGCAUUUCCACACUUGUGAAACAAUUCAGUUUACUUUGGGAUGGGAACCAGAUGAGCACUCACUUCAUGACAUACGUAAUCUCUUAGAGGAAGCAUUUAAAAAAUUAAACAAGAGGAUUAUUGUACGAAGCAUUUAUCGUGGGAACUCCAUCAUUAUCAUCUGUUAUGCUCCACAUCAUUUACUAGCUGCUCUUCUCUUGGAAGCACAAGACAACCUAACUGUCUUGAUGAAGAAAUUCAGUUUAAUUAGACUAACCAUUGGCCACUACACUGUCUAUGAUAAAAGGAUCAGAUACAAAGUAAUGAAUAAUGAGUGUCUUGCAGAGGAGAUUAAACUAGCUGAUGGAGAGGAACAAGAACUGAGGACUUUACUUGAUUACAAAGAAGGUGUGAUAGUUGAUCUAUUACUUAAUUACUGA